GAAGGGAGUGUGCGUGCGCCGCUGAAGAUGCGCAUGCAGAGAAGUCGAGCAAACAAAAGCUGCUCUGUGAAACGAGAAAAACAAGCACUUCGUACCACCCCGAACCACGCUGAACUAUACAGAGUUAUGCAGAUCAACAAAACGGAGUGAAGAAAAUAGAGAUUGUAUUUGAUUUACAUGGUUAAACUGCGAAAAAAAAUUGUACUUAUCAUUUUUGGUAGGGGCAUCCAGGCAGUAUCCAAGUGACAACUUUUAAAAGAAUAUAUCUAAAAUGUCGGCAGACGGGAGAUACCCGGAACGAGACAACUAUCGUCCUAGAAGCCGGGAAAGGGGUGAGAGGGAUCCUCAUCGGGACAGGGACCUGGAAAACCGCCCUAGGAAAGAGAGAGGAGAUGGCAGGGGACAGAGGGACAGAGACCGGGACAAGGAGAGACACCCGAGAGACCAGUAUGAUGACAGGAGAGACCAGCAUUCUCGGGAUGAGAAGGAGCUGAGGUACCCGGACAAACGAGAAAGGGGCUAUCCAGAAGAACUUGACAGGGGAUAUCGCGAUCAGCGGCACAAUAAUAGAGAACCCCCAUAUCCCAGAACCCCCCCUGAUUACAGAGAGACCUCUUUCAAAGAAAACCAGCCUGUUCACCACAGCGAGGAGAGAUAUGAUGAAACAUCCUCAGUAUCGUAUAGGUCCCCCAGGAAUGGGCUCCCCACUGAACAAAUGGAUUUUUAUGAACCAGGACCUGGUCUUUUGGAAUGCUAUCAGUGCAGAUAUCUCUGUACCGGAAGAGCUCUGUGCCAGGUUUUGGAAGUCCUGCUGAACUUGCUGUUAGUGAUCUGUGCUGGGGUGUCGUUUAACGCAUCAGAGACGUAUAGAGACUAUGGCAGCUUGGGUGGUAUUUACGCGUACUACUUUGGAGGAGCCAAUACCUUUACUGGAACCGAGGCGGAGAAGGUAAAAAAGCUGGACACCCAAUUCUACCAGCUGAAACUUCCAAUCGCCACGGCUACCAUGGCUUUCGGGGGCGCUCUUAUGGGCUACGCCUGUCUGAUGCUUCUCCUGGGCCUGCUACGUGUUCCUUUUCGCUGGCCUGUGAUUCUGCUCGUCGAAUGCGUGCUGGGUGUCAUAAUCGGACUGGGUUACAUACCAGCAAUGGCUUUCCAUUUCAUAAAGCUGCAGGAGGCCUACAACUCUCAGAUCUGCAAGGACAGAAAUGAGAUGUAUGCUAGCAAAGGACACCAAGGCUUCUCCUGUGGUUUCCACGGGGCGGAAAUCGCCAGUGGCCUGUUUGGGGUCUUUGGAAUCCUAGCAUUCCCCUUUAGUGCCUGGCUCGCUGUCCGAGCUUUCAGGAGGGUCCGUGAACUAAAGAAGCAGCCUCAAGAUGGGCACGGCUUUUAGAGGAUUCCUUUCACCCACUGCCAAGGAAAUUUUUUACAUAGAACUACAGGGGGUACAAACAAGACAUGGGAAUUCAGCUUGAACCUGUCUAAUGGAGCUCAUAUUAAAACUUGGAUGGUCGUGGAUGUCUUUGCAAUGCAAGUCUAAUUCCAUCCCUGGAGCCAUGGAUUAAAAAUCCCCCUUGGUCCUUUUGUGUCAUUCCACUCAAUGAUUUUGUUCUAAUCUACAGUUCAUUUUUGGUGACAUUCUAACAUUAAUUUGACAUGGUUUACAUGGUUUUGUCUGUGCAUAUCCGGAUAUGAUAUAAUUUAAAAUAUGUAUAUUAAUGUACAUGGACCGCACAUAUUUGUAUAAACCCAUGGACUGGAUUAAUGUGCAGUGACACAGAGGAGACAUUUAGUGUAUACAGUAGUUGGGGAAAACCAUGAGAUAUAUGUGGCACCACUCAUCUUUAUUUUCAUUUCUGGAUGUGUUAUACAAUAAAACUACUUAUUUUACUUACACAACACAAUCUAGCAAACAAGAACAAACAUGUGUUACUAAGGCUGUGACUUUUGAGUACUUCGUAAAGCCAUAGCAAUGACAUAUAAACUGUUUUUUACCACAGUGUACUGGGAAUAAAAUAGGUAUUUACCCAACAGUUCAGCUUUAUAACUUUUGUAAACCAUUGUGAAGUGAAUGUUUUUUUUUAAGCCUUUUAUUUGAAGAUAAUUUUAUGUUAUGAAAUGUCAUAGUAAGCCUGCAGCAUCCCACACUUGUUCAGUUUAACACUAAAAUAUAAUUUCUUGAUUAUCAGUUUAGUAUAUUUGUCCACAGUAUAGCUUUGUAUGUGGUUUCUUUUCCUAUAAUAUAUAGUGAAAUCUAUAUUUUCUAUAUACUCUGUUUGAGACCAUUGUAUUCUCAAGUUCUCGUAGUUUCAAAUUUUAAGAACAUCAGUACAGAAUACCAAUGUAUAAUUUUCCAUAUAUGACACUUUAGCAUUGUUGAGUUUACAAGGGGUGCGGGUUGUUCAAAAUGAAGUUUAACACUGGUGAAAUCCUAUUGUGAAAAAUGAGUUGUUUAAAUAUUUGAAACAGUUGUGUAACUUUUUUUUUUUUAAAUCUUUUUAACAAAUAAAUGUUGUCAUCUACUUUCUUCUUAUGCAA